UUCUGCAGUCCCAUGGCGACGUACCUGGAGUUCAUCCAGCAAAAUGAGGAGCGUGAUGGAGUGCGUUUCAGCUGGAACGUGUGGCCCUCCAGCAGGCUGGAGGCCACAAGGAUGGUUGUCCCCCUGGCCUGUCUUCUGACCCCACUGAAGGAGCGUCUUGACCUGCCACCUGUGCAGUAUGAACCGGUGCUUUGUAGCAGACCAACGUGCAAAGCAGUGCUCAACCCACUCUGCCAAGUUGACUAUCGGGCCAAGCUCUGGGCUUGUAACUUCUGUUUUCAGAGAAAUCAGUUCCCUCCAGCAUAUGCAGGCAUAUCUGAAGUCAAUCAACCAGCAGAGCUUAUGCCUCAGUUUUCAACAAUUGAAUAUAUAGUGCAGCGAGGUCCACAGACGCCAUUGAUCUUCCUGUAUGUUGUUGACACGUGCUUAGAAGAGGAGGACUUGCAGGCGCUGAAGGAAUCCCUCCAGAUGUCCCUGAGUCUGCUGCCUGCCGAUGCUCUGGUGGGGCUUAUCACUUUCGGCAGAAUGGUCCAGGUUCAUGAACUGAGCUGUGAAGGGAUUUCCAAGAGCUACGUGUUCAGAGGCACAAAGGACCUGACAGCUAAGCAAAUACAGGAUAUGCUUGGGCUUUCAAGGCCAGCUGUCCCCAUUCAACAGGGAAGACCCCUUCAGACUCCAGAGCAACCUGUUAUUUCAAGCAGGUUUCUGCAGCCAGUACAUAAGAUUGACAUGAAUUUAACAGAUCUUCUUGGAGAACUACAAAGGGACCCAUGGCCAGUGACCCAGGGAAAUAGGCCUUUACGUUCCACUGGAGUAGCUCUUUCGAUCGCUGUUGGCUUACUGGAGGGCACAUUUCCAAACACAGGGGCCAGAAUAAUGCUGUUUACAGGUGGGCCACCAACACAAGGACCGGGCAUGGUGGUAGGAGAUGAACUGAAAACACCCAUCCGUUCUUGGCACGACAUAGAGAAGGACAACGCAAGGUUCAUGAAGAAGGCCACCAAACACUACGAGACUCUGGCUAAUCGCACUGCAGCCAAUGGGCAUUGCGUCGACAUCUAUGCCUGCGCCCUGGAUCAGACUGGACUGCUAGAGAUGAAGUGUUGUGCAAACCUCACCGGAGGACACAUGGUGAUGGGAGACUCCUUCAACACUUCUCUCUUCAAGCAGACCUUCCAGCGGGUAUUUAACAAAGGGUUCAAUGGGGAAUUUCGGAUGGCUUUUGGUGCAAGUUUGGAUGUGAAGACCUCUAGGGAGCUGAAAAUUGCAGGGGCUAUUGGACCAUGCAUAUCCCUGAAUGCUAAAGGGCCGUGUGUCUCUGAAAAUGAGCUUGGAAUUGGAGGAACAUCUCAAUGGAAAAUUUGUAGUCUGGAUCCCAGCACAACUCUGGCCAUUUACUUUGAAGUGGUAAAUCAGCACAAUGCACCAAUACCGCAGGGAGGCAGAGGGGCAGUGCAGUUUGUCACUCAGUAUCAACACUCCAGUACGCAGAAACGCAUUCGUGUCACCACCAUAGCCAGAAAUUGGGCAGAUGCACAGAGUCAACUCCAGCAUAUAGAAGCUGCAUUUGACCAAGAAGCAGCUGCUGUGCUGAUGGCACGGCUGGGAGUAUACAGAGCUGAAUCUGAGGAGGGACCUGAUGUUCUGCGAUGGCUGGACAGACAGCUGAUCAGGCUG